AUGCCUCGUGUCUGUUCGUUUUCAAGUGAUUAUCUUCUUGGAGAUUCAUGGCGUACAUUAGAUUGUUUUGAUCGUUAUUAUCAACGCUCGCCGUUGAUUAGAGAAGUACCCACUCAAGAGCAAUCAUCAAUAUUAUCACCGAAUGAAAUUGAUGACAUUCUUUCACGUAAACUACGUGAUCAGUUAAAAUCAACAUCAGAAUUAGAAAAGGAACAAAAUUUGAAGAAAAAAUCAGAAUUAUCUGUUAGUCCGUUAUUAGAACCGGCGAUUCAUUCAUUACCGACACGUGCCAUUGAUUCAGAAUUACUGGUAUUGAUUGAUCGAUUUUUUAAUUUAACAUACUCAAAUACGAUUCCUAUGGUUAAUCUAUUAGCUACAGCAGUAGCAACUAAUUUUCUGAAAGAAAAUAUUCGAGCACUAGACAAGAAACUGAAGGAACAACAGCAAACACAUGUUUCACUUGAUAUAAAACGUGGAACUUCAUUACUUUGUGACUAUGAAAAUGAUGAUAACGAUGAUAGUAUUUCAUGGGUAUCAGCACCAGCUUAA